AUGACCGGCAAACUCGCCGAGAAGCUGCCGGUGACCAUGAGCAGUUUGCUAAACCAACUGCCUGACAAUCUGUACCCCGAGGAGAUCCCCAGCGCGCUCAACCUCUUUUCUGGCAGCAGCGACUCGGUAGCCCAUUACAAUCAGAUGGCUACAGAGAAUGUGAUGGACAUCGGUCUGACCAACGAGAAGCCCAACCCGGAACUCUCUUAUUCGGGCUCCUUCCAGCCAGCCCCUGGCAACAAGACCGUGACCUACUUGGGAAAGUUCGCCUUCGACUCCCCUUCCAACUGGUGCCAGGACAACAUCAUUAGCCUCAUGAGCGCCGGCAUCUUGGGGGUGCCCCCGGCCUCUGGGGCACUCAGCACGCAAACCUCCACGGCCAGCAUGGUGCAGCCGCCACAGGGGGAAGUGGAGGCCAUGUAUCCGGCGCUGCCCCCCUAUUCUAACUGCAGUGAUCUCUACUCGGAGCCUGUGUCUUUCCAUGACCCCCAGGGCAACCCCGGGCUCGCCUAUUCUCCCCAGGAUUACCAAUCGGCCAAACCGGCCUUGGACAGCAAUCUCUUCCCCAUGAUUCCUGACUACAACCUAUACCACCACCCCAACGACAUGGGCUCCAUUCCGGAGCACAAGCCCUUCCAGGGCAUGGACCCCAUCCGGGUCAACCCGCCCCCUAUUACCCCCCUGGAGACCAUCAAGGCAUUCAAAGACAAGCAGAUCCACCCGGGCUUUGGCAGCCUGCCCCAGCCGCCGCUCACGCUCAAGCCCAUACGGCCCCGCAAGUACCCCAACAGACCCAGCAAGACCCCGCUCCACGAGCGGCCCCACGCAUGCCCGGCGGAGGGCUGCGACCGCCGUUUCAGCCGCUCGGACGAGCUGACCCGGCAUCUGCGCAUCCACACGGGCCACAAGCCCUUCCAGUGCCGGAUCUGCAUGCGGAGCUUCAGCCGCAGCGACCACCUUACCACUCACAUCCGCACGCAUACGGGCGAGAAGCCCUUUGCCUGCGAAUUCUGCGGGCGCAAGUUUGCGCGCAGCGACGAGCGCAAGCGCCACGCCAAGAUCCACCUCAAGCAAAAGGAGAAGAAGGCGGAGAAGGGGGGUGCGCCUUCUGCGUCCUCGGCGGCCCCGGUGUCCCUGGCCCCUGUGGUCACCACCUGCGCCUGA